AGCAAGCUACACAGAACAUCGGUCGGCACCAAACUAAGUUCACGCUCAUUGACAAGCGGCAACGGCCGGGCCGACCACGUGGGAAACCGUAAGUAUUUCCGCACGUCAUAAGCGUGUACCACGGACGCGAGCUAUAAGCAGCUGUAAGUGUAACCUGUCCGCAGCGUUGUAUCUAAUAUCCUACCUCGCAGCUCUGGAGCCUUACGACAUACCCCCGUGUCUUGGUCUCUCUUUCCUUACUACAUCUACAUAACAUUCGCUCAUCUACAAUAUUGACCGUCCCGCCGAGUGCUCAGACACUCACCAUGCGGCCGUGGUGUCACAUUUUUCUAUUAUUGCUCGCUCUUAUUCCCUAUGCUUUAUCCUCUCAGGUCUCUUUCGCAACUCACCAGCAGAAUGUAACCAUCCUGUCAACCAACAUUGUCGAUGCUCUUUCGAACGACUCGGAUUAUACCUCUCUUCUUCGCUUACUGCAGCGGGCGAAGCUGAUUCCCACACUAAACAAACUCAACGGUAGCACCCUGUUCGCACCUACGAACGACGCGAUUGAGAAACACCUAGGCUUGCAUUCUGUUUGGCGGGAGGCUUUGAAAGAACCUUCCUCGGACCUUCGCGACAAUGUCCAGGAGCAACUGCGGCAAGAGUUGUUCUACCACCUCCUUAACUACACUCUACCCAUUCUACCAAAGGAGAAGAAUCCGCAGGUGCUGAAGACCCUGCAUUACCCGCGCAAACCUUCCAGUGGACCUCCGACGCAUGACCCUCCCCCAUCUCCUCCCUGGCUACCAGUUCCCGGCGGCACUUUAGGAGGCGAACCUCAACGGCUCAGGGUUGCAGCCCGAGAUGAAAAGAUUUAUGUCGGAGUGAAUGCGUUUGGUGACGGAGGGGCUGAAGUCAUUAAACCAUCCGUGAAUACGUCUAAUGGCUUAGUAUUGGGCGUUGGAACCAUGCUGGAAGUUCCUCCAGAUUUAGCGAUCGUGAUUAAACGCCAUACAUCACUCAAAUAUCUUACCAAGAUAUUGAUUCCGGAGAUCGUUUCUUUCCUCAAUGGCACGUCCGAAUUGACUUUGUUCUUACCAGUCGAUUCCGCAUGGGAAGCCUUACCUUUUUACGAGAGGUUGUAUCUGGAAAGUAAAUUUGCGACCGACGAUUUGACACGAAUUGUCAACAUGCACGCGGUAGUCCGAAAGAACGUGACAUAUUCGGAACAGUUCGAGAAGGGACUCCACCUGAAAACAAUUCAUGGACCCACUUUGGAUAUUGCCAUUGAUUCUGAAAGCGGGAAGACCAUGGUUUCGUCCGCGGAGCUGGUUGAGCCUGACAUCUAUGCUUCCAAUGGCGUGUUGCACACCGUGUCUUCGCUUCUCGUACCCCCAGGCUCUUUGCGACUCACACCGGAGAAAUACCUGCUCGUACUCAAUUGCACUUCUUUCGUGUCACUUCUUCAUUCUGUCAAUCUCACGCCCCUCGUGAAUGACACGGAGGCAAGCUGGACUAUUCUUGCACCUAAGGACGAUGUCAUUGAGCUUUUUGGUGAUGAUCACUUGCCUGAGAAGGGAAGUGAAGAGUUGAGGAAGCUUCUUCGAUAUCACUUCAUUCCAGGUAAGCUGACUCCCAAGAAGCUGAAGGACGGCAUGCUGGUGGAAACAGCGUUGGAAGAGCCUGGCUUAGAUGGGGGCAAGCAAGUACUUCCCGUCGGGGUCAGUACUCGUGGCAAGAAGGAGACUCUGUCGUUGAGCUUUGGUGAAGCAAGUGUUAUUGGGGAACCAGUUGAAAUCAACAAUUCCCUCAUUUAUUUCGUAUCACAUCCUCUUACCCCACCCGUUGACGCGUUGCAAACUGCACUACCCUCGUUAGACCUUUCCUCUUUCCUCGCAGCCGUGUUCUCAGCGGGACUAGCUGACUACUUAAAUCUCACUCCUCGUACAACCUUCCUCAUCCCUCACAAUAGCGCCUUCAAACGUCUUGGUCUUUUGGUCAGCGCUCACCUUCUCUCCGUUUCCUCCAAAUCCGACUUGGAGCGUGUCAUCAAACAUCAUGUGCUCAAUGAUGUCGAAUACGCUGAUCAAAUGCAGAAUGGUUCCCAGCAUACCUAUGGCACGCUGGAAGGGACAGACGUUCACAUCGAUCGUACGAGCACGGUCAAUAAGACACUAUUACUUUCCGGCAGCGGUGGAUGGCCCGAGAUGCAUUCCGAGUUGAAACUCAAGAAUACGCUCACGCAGACCGGUGUUAUUCAUGAAGUGUCUGAUAUCCUGAUACCACGCUCCGUAGAGCUUACGGUCGGCAAGCUUGUGCGUGCCGGGAAAGGGUCUACCAUGGCUACUAUGAUGAACAAAGCUGGCUUGGAUUGGAUCCUCAAUGGUACUGCCCCUCCUGAGGGCUCGGCUUGGGCGGAUUUGGGGCUGAGCGGGGUGGGCUGGACACUGCUUUGUCCAACCGACGACGCCUUCAAGGGUGUCAACCUUACUGCACUUUACGCCGAUUCUAAUCGAGUUCGGGCGAUCGUCAGCCAACAUCUCAUUCCUACACAACGACCGUCACAAGAUGUGCCAGAGAAAGGCAGAUUGGUCGACGAUGUCAACAAGAAUCGACCUCUCACUCUCGAUGACGCAACAACGUAUACGACACUGCAAUCAGCUGCUGCAUUGUAUGGUGACGUAGUAUUCCGUCAAACAGAAGAUUCAGACGAUAUCCUAGUCGGAAUUAAGGGCGCCCGUGGUGACAAUGGACGUCGGGAAUGGGCUCGUGUACUUGCUUGGGGGCGGUCGACGACAGGAGGGGGAACAGGGGGUGUGAUCCAGAUUGAUCGACCGCUAGUACCUUACUCCCCUUCUUGGUGGAACGCCUACGGCGCACCAAUAGGAGUGGGUAUAGUUGGUAGUAUCCUCAUCGGUCUAUUUUUCCUCGGGGUGAGGGCGAUCUGGAGGCGAGAUACCACAGAGGCAACAUAUGAGCCUAUAGGUGGUUUUGCACAAGAGGAAGAGGAUCCUUGAGUGAACCAUGGACAAUGAUAUAUGGAAUCUUGUAGACAUAGAGUUGCAUGGUAUGUAAGACUAUAAUAUCCUAGGGUGUACAUGUUGUAUUUCUAUAUUGCUAUUGGAAUUUAUCUUGGUGUUUCAAUU